ACAUUAGCGUGCCACUCUCCACCUUCAUCGCUGAGCUAUAAAACCCUAAUCACCCGACUGGUUUUUGGCAUCCCAAGUUCCUAACUCCUAAUACACUUCUCUAUCUUCAACCACAUCCAUGGGUUCUCGCUACGAAGUGGAAGUUAAGAUCGAGUCUGCUAAGAAACUGAAGAACGUGAACUGGCGUCACGGCCCCAAUCGCCCAUACGCCGUCGUUUGGGUUGACCCGAAGAACAAAUGCUCCACUAAGGCCGACGAAUCCGGCGACACUGAAGCCCAGUGGGAUGAGACGCUCCGUAUCCCCUUGCCUCCGGCCGGUCCCAUUGAGGACUUCACCCUCUACAUCGACGUCGUCCACGCUGGCUCCGAGGAGGACACCAAGCCGCUCAUCGGCUCGGCUAAGCUUGAGCUCAACGAGCUUCUUCAAGACGUCGGGAUCGGCGAUCGCGCCCCCCGCAAAUUGACCCUGAAACGACCGUCGGGGAGACCACAAGGUAAGGUGGAGGUUGGUGUUUCCAUUAGAGAAAUAGGCUACCCUGCGCGUAACUACGCUGGUGCCCCGCCGCUGUAUGGUCACCCAUACAACGCACCGCCACAAGAUCCGUACUAUUCAGCGCCGCCUCCGGCUGGGUAUCCACACAGGGGGUACAAUGAGCCCCCUCCAGCCGGGUACCCACACAGUGGUUACAGCACACCUCCGCAUCCGCCGCCAACGGCCUACGGACAGCCGAGUUACGGUUACGGUCAGGAGAGUCAGCCGGCGUAUGGAGGGGAGGAGAAAAAGAAGAGCAAGUUUGGUGGGAUGGGGACGGGAUUAGCUGUGGGAGCAGUGGCUGGAGCUUUGGGGGGACUGGCACUUGCAGAAGGUUAUGAUGCUUGGGAGGAUCAUAUUGCAGAAAAAGCCGCAGAGAAAGUGGAGGAUGAUCGUUUUGGAGACGACGACUGUGGAGGAGACGACUUCUAGAAGAAAGCAUUGUUGAGCUUCGUGGUCAGAAGGACUUCUAGAAGACGGCUGGAUUAUAUGAAGUAAAACUCUCGUUAUGGGUAUUCUU